AUGGUAUUUUCAAAGAUUCCUCUAAAACGAAGUAUAGUGCCAUACCUUAGUUAUAUCUCAAAGCGAACAGCAAAAAAUAAACGGAACGGUGUGCAUCCGUUUACGGAUGAGCCAAUUCCGGAAUGGUGCCAUACAGCGGAUGAUAUUAACUUAUACAUGCUAUAUCGUCAAGAACGUGAAACACCUAAAAAACGUGGAAUUGAACUUUUGAAAGAUAAUCGUACAUGUAAGGGUAUGGCAUUUACAUUAUACGAGCGGCAGUACUUCGGAAUCCAUGGUUUACUACCGCCAGCGUUUAUGACUGAGAGUCAACAAGCAUACCGAGUUAUCACCAACCUUCGACAACAACCUGAUGACUUGGCUCGAUACAUUCAGUUAGAUAGUUUACAGGAUCGUGAUGAGAAAUUAUAUUAUCGAGUACUAUGCGAUCACGUAAAAGAACUUCUUCCCAUUGUUUAUACGCCAACUGUUGGUCUAGCAUGCCAAAAAUUUGGUUUUAUUUAUCGAAAACCAAAAGGUUUAUACAUAACAAUAAAUGAUAAUAGCAUUAGCAAAAUUUAUCAUAUUCUUUCAAAUUGGCCUGAAAUAGAUAUUCGUGUAAUUGUUGUGACAGAUGGUGAACGAAUUCUUGGCUUAGGUGACCUGGGUUGCUAUGGUAUGGGUAUACCUGUGGGUAAAUUAUCGCUUUAUGUUGCCCUUGCUGGUGUGCAACCAAAAUGGUGUUUACCUGUUGUAUUGGAUGUUGGAACAGAUAAUGAAACUUUACUAAAAGAUCCAUUUUAUAUUGGAUUACGUCGAAAACGAAUACGUGGCGAGGAAUAUCAUCGUUUUAUUGAUAACUUUAUGAAAGCAUGCACAAAAAAAUUUGGACAAAAUUUACUAAUUCAAUUUGAGGAUUUUGCAAGACGAAAUGCUUAUUAUCUUUUGGAACGAUAUCGAAAUCAAUUUUGUGUUUUUAACGAUGAUAUACAAGGUACAGCUUCUGUAGCAUUAGCUGGACUUUUAGCAUGUCAUAAACAUACCGGAAGACGGUUAUCUGCUGAAAAAAUAGUCUUUUUUGGUGCCGGAUCUGCUGCAAUGGGAAUUGCAGAAAUGUGUGCUGCACAAAUGGAAAGAGAAGGUAUUACACGGAAUGACGCAUAUUCACGUAUUUACUUAAUGGACAGUAAAGGUUUAAUUACGCAAAAUCGUUUGCACAUGGAAAAGGAACAUAAACCGUAUGCUAAAGCUAUGCCGGAAACAGGAAAUUUACUUCAGUUAAUUAAAAUUAUCCAACCAACUGUACUAAUUGGCACAUCAACAGUGCAAGGUGCUUUCAAUGAAGCAAUCAUUCGUCAAAUGGCAGAAUUAAAUUUAAAACCGAUCAUUUUUGCCUUAUCAAAUCCAACAAAAAAUGCUGAAUGUACUGCAGAACAAGCAAUUCAUUGGACAAAUGGUGAAGUAUUAUUUGCAAGUGGAAGUCCAUUCGAAAAUGUGAGCUACAAGGGAAAAUUAUAUAAGCCUGGGCAAGGUAAUAAUUCAUAUAUAUUUCCCGGCGUGGGUAUGGCAGCUAUUUUAUUUCGAAUUCGACACAUCGACAAUGAAAUAUUUCUAAUAGCUGCACAGGAAGUAGCCAAAUGUGUUAAUGAGGAUGACUUUAAACAUAAACGUUUAUAUCCAAGUUUUAAUCAUAUUCGAGAAGUUUCAAUUAAAAUAAUUUUGGCUAUUGGAAGGUAUAGCUAUGAAAAAAAGUUGGCAGCGCUUUAUCCCAAACCAGCAAAUAUGGAAAAUUUUGUGCGUAGUCAAAUGUACCAAACAGCAUACAAUGAAAUGAUUGAUUACACAUACGAUUGGCCAGAAGAUGAUAUGGUCCAAGGCUACCCUAUCCCAUGUGAAGAAAAAUAUGAUAAUUAG